AUGCGGGUUCGUGAAGGUGUUGUUAAUGAGGAGUUUGCGGAUUGGCUUGGUGGAAUGAUGCAUAAUGCUCAAUGGUACGGUAGAAUCUCUUUACCGCCGUUCAUUCAAAGCUGUAAAACAGUUGAGGAUCUCUGUUCGCAUGUCUUUCCACGGCGGAUAAUCGAAUCGGCAACCGUAAAUUACGCUGCGUUUUCAAAGCGCGCGAUUCUAGCGAUGCGAAACGAUACAGUCGCUGAGUUCAAUGAUAGGGUUUUACAAGAAAUUGAAGGCGAAAUUCAUACCUACUACUCAGCUGAUACAGUCGACAGCGAAAAUUCAGAAGAUAAUUCGAACCUACUACCUCCGGAAUACCUGCAGAAUCUGAAUCCAUCUGGACUUCCACCGGCAAUUCUCAAACUAAAAGUGGGGGCGCCAAUAAUUCUACUCCGUAAUUUGUAUCCGAAACAGGGUCUCUGUAAUGGGACGAGAAUGACUGUGACAAGGCUUGGUAGACGGUGCAUCGAAGCUAGAAUUCUGGAUGGUGAGUUUGAUGGCCAGCCAAAGGUUAUUCCACGCAUCCAGUUAUCAUCCGCUGAGGGUGAUCUCCCUUUCAUCAUAAUAAGAAGGCAAUUGCCUAUUCGGCUUUGUUUUGCAAUGACCGUCAAUAAAGCACAAGGUCAAUCAUUGGAUGUUGUUGGAGUUGACUUGCGGUCUGAUUCCUUCACUCACGGGCAGCUGUAUGUAGCACUAUCAAGAGUUACCGACGUGACCGGCUUGAUGGUAUUGCAAGGAGAGGAAAAUGCAGCCACAAACCGAUAA